GAGGCGUGGAAGAGGCGAACCCUUGGCAGCUUCGGGCGGCUGAGCCAUGGCUACCAAUUUCAGUGACAUCGUCAAGCAAGGCUAUGUGAAGAUGAAGAGCAGGAAACUUGGGAUUUACCGGCGUUGCUGGCUGGUGUUUCGGAAAUCUUCCAGCAAAGGUCCGCAGAGGUUGGAGAAAUACCCAGAUGAGAAGUCAGUGUGCUUACGAGGAUGCCCAAAGGUCACAGAGAUCAGCAAUGUGAAAUGUAUCACGCGGCUGCCCAAGGAGACCAAACGCCAAGCGGUGGCAAUUAUAUUUAUGGACGAUUCAGCUCGGACGUUCACCUGUGAAUCAGAACUAGAAGCCGAGGAAUGGUACAAAACGCUGUCCGUGGAAUGCCUGGGGGCCCGGCUCAACGACAUCAGCCUCGGCGAGCCAGAUCUGCUGGCGCCCGGAGUUCAGUGUGAGCAAACAGACCGGUUCAACGUCUUCCUCCUGCCCUGCCCCAACCUGGACAUCUAUGGCGAAUGCAAGUUGCAGAUCACCCAUGAAAACAUUUACCUCUGGGACAUGCACAAUCCCCGGAUCAAGCUCGUUUCCUGGCCUUUGUGUUCCCUGCGCCGCUACGGACGAGAUGCUACGCGGUUCACCUUUGAAGCUGGCCGGAUGUGUGAUGCAGGCGAAGGGCUGUACACCUUCCAGACCCAGGAGGGCGAAGAGAUCUAUCAGAGAGUGCACAGCGCCACCUUAGCCAUUGCCGAGCAGCACAAGCGCGUCCUGAUGGAGAUGGAGAAGAACGUGAGAUUGUUGAACAAGGGGACAGAGCAUUAUUCCUAUCCUUGCACACCUACCACCAUGCUGCCACGCAGUGCUUACUGGCAUCAUAUCACCGGCUCACAGAACAUCGCCGAGUCUUCCAGCUAUGGGGGUGACACCUACUCUGGUCCCCAGGCCAGCUCAGAGACUGACCUCCUGAACCGCCUAAUCUUACUGAAGCCAAACUCUUCCAAGAGCGGGAAAAGCGACGGCAAAGACCCCACCUCGGCUACCCAAUGAGGCCGCUCAAUACCGAGCGAGGAAAACUGUUGGGGUGCCGAGGAACCGAGGAAAUUUUUUUUCCCCCCACCUGCUCCUGCUCUUCCACGAAAGGCCCAAGGGAUGACAUUUGGCUGCAGGGAAAGAGUUGGAGGCCCAGGAGCUGUGGACAAUGAGCCUGGCUUGGCCCAGGAUUGUCAGCAGGCAUCCAGAUCUUCUGCAAAGGACGAGCUAUAUAUUAUUACAACUAUUUUCAAUAUAUCGUAUUGUUUAUGCAUAUCCUAUAUAUCCAAGAGAGAGUUGAGCGGGGGGGGGCGGUCUCCCCUGAAGGCACAUCUCUUGGCCAUCAAGGCCAGAAUAUUUUAGACCGUCGGAGGGAGGGCUCGGCCCCAGGGAGGGUGUGUGUGCGUGUGUGUUUGUCUUCCUUUCUCACAUGGGGUGGGGGGACAGCACCUUGGACAGGGCCUGGGCUGACAUCUUCUUCCCACGUCACUUGGGAGCCGAAGGAUGGGCCCCCGAAAGGGUUGUGGGGCUGGAAGAGGGGCUGCCAGCCCAGGUUUUCCUAAACAGCCUCAUUCCUUCUGCCGAUCCGUGCUGCAGACCCCAACCAGGUCUUUGGGAGGCCCCCAAAGAAAGCUGGUUUUUUUUUUUUUUUCGGCACAGCGGCCCUGCAGGGGAGAGCGGAGCAACAGAAGACACCUCCCUCCUUGGGGACUUCGGCCUGCCCUCCUCGGAAACGCAGCUUGCUCCCCAGUGCUUCCCCAACACCGAUGCUUCGGCCUUCCCCGGAGAAGCCAGCUUUCUCUCCCCCCCCACCCCUCAGUAACGGUAGCACAAGUUCCUUUCUGGCUGUGCUCUCUCCGUGGGGCUGCCAGCUCAGGACGAGAGUGGGAUGGAGGGGGUGGGUGGGCUUGAGGCCUCAGUUCUGUUUGCUGUGCCCA